CUUCCCUCGACUUUUUUUUGCAAGAGGCUUCCCGAGGUGAGGAUGUAUCCUGAAAUAAACUGGGAUAUUGCAGUUCUUCAACACUGAGCAUAAAACACUUAAGUGUUUCCCAGGACCUUUAGUAAGAUGAUAAAUGGCUCAUUUAAAUUGGGAGCUGCUACUAAAAUAUUCUCUGGCUGGCAAAUGCAGUGCCUAGCAGCUGCUAUCAAGGACGAACCAAACAUGAGUGGGGGAGCAGAACAGGUCGACAUUCUGCCGGCCAACUAUGUAGUAAAGGACCGUUGGAAAGUGCUAAAGAAGAUCGGUGGUGGUGGUUUUGGAGAGAUUUAUGAGGCAAUGGAUCUUUUGACCCGUGAGAAUGUGGCCUUGAAGGUGGAGUCAGCUCAGCAGCCAAAGCAAGUACUCAAGAUGGAGGUGGCUGUCCUAAAAAAGCUCCAAGGGAAAGAUCAUGUUUGCAGAUUUAUUGGCUGUGGACGGAAUGAAAAAUUUAACUAUGUGGUUAUGCAGCUUCAGGGCCGGAAUCUUGCAGACCUUAGAAGAAGCCAGCCUAGGGGAACCUUUACAUUGAGCACAACCCUCCGAUUAGGCAAACAGAUUCUAGAAUCUAUAGAAGCCAUUCACUCAGUGGGAUUCUUGCACCGAGACAUCAAGCCUUCCAACUUUGCCAUGGGACGCCUACCCUCAACCUACAGGAAGUGUUAUAUGUUAGACUUUGGUCUGGCACGGCAGUAUACCAAUACCAACGGUGAAGUCCGGCCCCCUCGUAACGUUGCUGGUUUUCGGGGAACAGUCCGCUAUGCUUCAGUGAAUGCACAUAAAAAUAGAGAGAUGGGUCGACAUGAUGACCUGUGGUCCCUGUUUUACAUGCUGGUGGAGUUUGCAGUUGGUCAGCUACCAUGGCGCAAGAUCAAAGAUAAGGAGCAAGUUGGUAUGAUUAAAGAGAAAUAUGAACAUCGAAUGCUGCUAAAACAUAUGCCUUCUGAGUUUCACCUUUUCCUGGAUCACAUUGCCAAUCUGGAUUACUUCACUAAACCAGAUUAUCAGCUGAUCAUGACUGUAUUUGAAAAUAGCAUGAAGGAAAGAGGGAUUACGGAAAAUGAGGCCUUUGACUGGGAGAAAGCUGGUACAGAUAUUUUAUUAUCCACAAGCACCUCCACUCCACCUCAGCAGAAUACAAGGCAGACAGCAGCCAUGUUUGGUGUGGUAAAUGUCACUCCAGUUCCUGGAGAUUUACUUCGUGAGAACACGGAGGAUGUUUUGCAAGGAGAGCACCUGAGUGACCAGGAGAAUGCUCCCCCAAUCUUGCCUGGCCGGCCAACAGAGAGCCUAGGUCAGGCUCCAAAUGUCGCCUUCAAUGAAGGAGAGGUUUGGGAAGAAACAGAUGUGAACCGCAACAAACUCAGGAUCAGCAUCAGCAAAACACAGUGUUUGGCAGAAGAAGAUCAAAAAAGUGGCGUAUGCCCCAGCUCCCCAGUGCGAGCUGCACCAGACUCCCCUACGACUCAAGGACGCUCUCUGAGAUACCGUCGCGUGAACAGCCCCGAGUCAGAGCGCCUCUCCACUGCAGAUGGAAAAGCAGAUCAGCAUGAACGAAGGUCCCGGGUGGAUUUGCCUUGUUCUCCUUCACGGCUCGUGUGUUCUUCCCAGCCGGCGCAGAUGCUGUCCAUCGACACUGGCCAGGCAGACAGACAGGCAAGCGGCAGGAUGGAUGUGUCUGCUUCUGUGGAGCAUGAAGCUCUCAGCAACGCUUUCCGAUCAGUGCCCCUGGCUGAGGAGGAGGACUUUGACAGCAAAGAGUGGGUUAUAAUUGAUAAAGAAACAGAGCUGAAGGACUUCCACCCUGGUGCUGAGCCAAGCACAUCUGGAACAACAGAUGAAGAACCUGAGGAACUGAGGCCCAUUGAAGAGGGUGAGGAGAGGAGGAGAUUGGGGGCGGAAGCAGCAGUCAGGCCGAAAAUUCACGAUGGGAGAACCCGGGGUAUGCAGCCUGUGGCUGAGGAGGAUAGUUCCCACAGACAAGAAGGGCAUUGUCAGACAGUUUCUGACAGCAAACAUGAACAGCAACCAGGAAGUCCCACACAGUCCCCCUUAUAUUCAGCACCAGCCAUCCGACAGCGGAGACGAGAAUCUGAACCUACUGGUCCUGAGAGACAGGCAUUCUCAGCACUCCCUCCCGAGCCUUUUGAAAUGAAUGGUCUCCCCAAGGUGGUGCCUUUAAGUUUGCCUUAUCAAGAUUUCAAAAGGGAUGUGUCAGAAAACAGGGAAAGAGCCAGAAUCCUCCAGCGUGUAAAGAAAGUGGAUUUCUCAAAUGUUGUUUUAACUGUCCCUUGCAAACCACCUGUAGCCCAUCUGGAAAUGGCAAAUGGCAGAUAUGAGGAAGAAGAGGAGGAGGAGGAAGAGGAAGAGGAGGAAGAGGAAGAGGAGGAGGAGGAGGAAGUUGGUGAGUUAGGAGAAGAGCUUGACAUGCACAGCGACUCAAGCAGCGACGUAAGCCAGAAAAGUACUGAGCAUAGCCAGGAAGGUGCCCCGUCCACCCUCUUGGCAGAUGACCAGAAGGAGUCCAAGGGACGAGCAUCAGCUGCAGAAGGAGACUUAGAACUUGAGGAAGGCUCCAAAACAUUAGUUCUCUUUUCACCAGGUGACUUAAAGAAGUCUCCAGUGAACACAGAUUUAGCUCCUGAUGUUGAUCUUGGAACUCUUGCUGCAUUGACUCCUCAAAGCGAAAAACCUCAGCCUAUGGGGAGCCAGCUUGAUGUGUCUGAGCCAGGAACACUGUCCUCCAUCCUAAAGUCUGAACCAAAGCCGCCCGUUGCUGUGGCCACGACCUCCUCCCCUUUUACCAAAGUCGAGCGCACGUUUGUCCACAUUGCUGAAAAGACCCACUUAAACAUCAUGUCUUCCGGUGGCCAGUUGAUGAGGCAUGAGGAGUACUCCACCCCGGGGCAGUUUGAUGAGAUAAUCAUUGAGGAAGAGCUGGAGGAAAACCAGGUGUUGGUAGAAAAUGGGAGUGUGAAUUCAGCCCUGGAAGGGGGAGAGAUGGAAAGUUGUGCUCUCUCAGUGAAUCACAUAGAAAUCACCUCUGAAGCAGCAGGGGAGCAGGCCCUGCUGUUGAAUGGAAUGGAUAAAGCGGAUGAGCAGGAAUUGGAAGUUAAAAGCAAACCUGUCUGUGAGUCUGAUCUGGAAGAAGCUGAGCGGUCUGGCCUUGAACAUAAAAUUCUUGCAGUGGAAUCCCUCCAACAAGCAAAACUGCCUCCAGAUGUUCCAAAGGAAACCCCCAGGAAGCCCAUGAACAUCAGGUAUAAAAGCCGGAUUCCCAUCUUGUUCUCAGAAGAGGACACUGGCUCGGACCUUUCAGGCUCGCAGUCUGGCAAGGAGAGGCUGUACAAGAGGCUGAAGCAGCAAGACUUGGCCCGUCUGGUGAUGGAGAAAAGACAAAGCCGUCUGCUCAGGUUAGCUUCAGGGGCAUCGUCCUCCGCUUCCUCCAGUGACGAAAGGCGGAGAGCUUCAGAAACCUUGUCAGCCACGGGCUCUGAGGAGGACACUCACGACUUGGAUGACUUUACCCCGAGGAAGAUGGGGAAUCAGGAGAAGCGUCCCCUGCUGAAGACAGAAGAGAGAGGCUUGAGCACAAAGAGCAGAAUCCCCCGUCCCAUCGUGCCUGUGAAGCCACCUGGGACAGAACUGCAUUGCGGGAGUCCCUCGGCUCUUCCACCACCAGCACUGAGUAGCAGUCCGGGCGACACGGCUGUGACUAACAGGCUUCAGGGGCAAAGACUGUCCGGGAAUGUACCUGGUGAUGCCCGGAUAAGGCCGCUGCCACCCGCUGCUGUGACUCCCCUGCGGAGCAGUCCCAGGAAAGCUUCCUGCCCUCCACCCCGGAGUCCUGUUCUCCCCUCGCGGAACCUCAGUGCUUCCCCCAAAAGCCAGUCACUGUCCAGGAAGGAAAGUCCCUCCCCGUCCCGGCAACACAGGCCGGGGACUGCACUCCCUCCCCGGGCCCAGCCUUCUUCCAGGGCUCCAUCCAGAGCUCAGGCCGGUGGCCUGCUGGGAGACAGCCCCGCCUCGUCGCCCAGCGUGCUCCGGAAAGGACACAGAGGGAAAGCCCCGACUCACACUCCAGCAACCAAAGGAAGGCCCCUAGCCCAGGAAGGCAAAGCUGCUGCUAGAUAA